AUGGGUGCAUUCACCUCGACGCCGAAUGGGAGCCGGUGGAGACAUCGUGCUGAGCCGGACGAUCUUUCCUUCGAGCUGUUCGCGAAACAUAUCGAACUACUGAACAAGGCUUACCGACACCCUUCCCAUCCCGAUGAGCGCCUUAAGUUUGAGAAGUUCAUGGAAGUCGAUUUGGAAUGGCUCGAGAAAUUCAUGGCGGACCGCGGUCUGAAUCCUGGAGAUGCCUAUUACAUCACUCGAGUGCUUCGCGCGAUGGUCUUCGCCAAAGACACGAAUCCCAAUAUGAUCGCUAGGCUGGAACCAACUGGCGCCAUCCUUGAACGAACCUGCCAAGAUCAGGAUGGCGACGCAGAUGCCCUCCUCGCUGUGUAUCAUGGAGAAGGCAAAUACGUUCGUCCCGUCCCGAAGCCAGACUCACCCAACAUCGUACUGCCUCCUAUAGAUGCGAUCUGCGCACAAGAGAUCAUUUGCGAUCGGGGCACCCGUUGCUCGUACAAACACAAUGGGGAAGAGCAGUAUCAUAUGGAAAUUCCACAGAGAGGUGCGGGUAAACAUACUCAUCACCGCGACGUGGUUGCAGACGCGAUACAGGCUCUUCGUGCGUGGGAUCCAGAGUUCUACAGACGUGGCAACAAAGCGCUGAAAGGAUUGUGCAUGCAGGGUGGAGCCCCGUGCAGAGCCCUCUUGGAUGACGAUGUACCCGUCGGGACAGGGAAAGCAGCUAGUCAACGGAGAAGGCGGCAACGUGCUAAGCAGAAGACAUCAGAGCAGGGUGUUGGACAAUGA